GAAAUGGCAACCCACUCCAGUGUUCUUGCCUGGAGAAUCCCAGGGACAGAGGAGCCUGGUGGGCUGCCGUCUAUGGGGUCGCACAGAGUUGGACAUGACUGAAGCGACUCAGCAGCAGCAGUUGCAGCAAUGUAUGGAAAGUUCCAGUACACCCUUCAUUAGUUUCCCCAAUGUUAACAUUUCAUGUAACCUUGAUUCAGUUGUUAAAGUAAUAUUGGCACUGCUAAUAAUAACUAAUAUUUAUAUAAUAUAUUUAAUAUAUAGUUAUAUAUAUAUAAUUAAUAACCACUAAUAACUAAUAUUUAGUUAAUAUUAGUAAUAUUAACUAAAAGCUUCACUAGGACUUUACCAGUUUUUCCACUAAUGCCUUUUUGCUAUUAUAGGAUCCUAUCCAUGAUACCACCUUGCGCUUAGAAUAUACUUUUUAAAAAUUUUGAGCCAUUUGACAGUAAGUUGCAGAAACCGUGAUAAUUCAUUUUUCAAUACUUUAGCAUGAACCCCUAAGAACUAGGACAUUCUCCUGUAUAAAACACAAUAUACACAUAUCUUGCCCAAGAAAUGUAACAUUGGACAUAUAUUUUAUAUGCACAGUAUAGUUUAGCAAUAUUAGGUAAUAAGUAUUCCUAAUACAUGAAGUAAUAAAAUUUCCAAAAUACCUCAUCAAUAAAUUUUUUUCAGGAUCUAUUCAGAGAUUAAGCAUUACAUUUUGUGUUCAUGUCUCUUGAUCUCCUUCACACUACAGCAGUUUCUCAGCUUUUCUUUUUUAGUCUUUCAUCUCAGUAAAAUUUUUGAUGGGACUCUAUGCCAGUUGUUACUAAGUUUGCCUCACAAUCUAGAUUUGUCUGUUUUCUCCUGGUUGAAUUCAGGUUUAAGUCUUGGGCAAGAGUACUACAUGAGUGAUAUUUCCCAUUGAAUAAUGUAUUCAUGAUUGCUAGAUUCAUAUAUUGUUGGCAUAUUCCUAUUACUGAUGAUGCUAAGUUUGAUCAUUGAUUAAAGUAGCAUCUUCAGAUUUCUUAACUGAAAAAGUGAUCUUUCCCUUUUAUAAUUAAUAAAUAGCCUAUAAGGUGAUAUUUUAAAACUUAUGUGAAUAUCCUGUUUGCUGGCAGACUUUGAGGAAAUGGUAGCACUCAUGGAUAAUUUUUCUGCCAGUAACUACACUGAUAGGAGAGUUCUUAAAAUUUUACGAUUUUUUCUCCAUUUAUUAGGUAUCAUUCUUCUGUAAAGAAGAGAUUUCCCCUUUGUUCCCAGUUUUUGUCUUUCUUCAUUCUUACAAACCACUAUGGACUGGUGGAUUCUUUUUUCCUAUGUGCCAUAACCUAUUACUAUUGUGAUGCUCUGACUGCCCGGCUUUUCCUGACUUAUUACCCAAUGGGAGCCCCUUCAAGCUAGUUCCUGUGUCCUUUUGCUGUCUCCUCAUCAGUCUUGGAACAUUUCUUUGCUUACUGGUACAACAAGAAGUUUCCAGCUCACCUUGUAUUGUCCUGUCCCGAAGCAGGAAUCAGUUUUUUUCUCCUAGGAGCCCUGCUUCAUUUUAAUGGAGAAUGGUAUUAAGAAAUCAAGAUCUGGGUGUUUUGUGUGCUCAUUGCUCCUAAAUUUUUUUUUAGGCCUUUCCAGUGGACAGAGCUAAGAAAUAUAUGUAUACAUAUUUUUAAAAUCAUAAUUUUAUCUAAUGCUGCAAUUCUUCCUUGCCUUCUCCCUGAAAAUAUUUGUAUCUUCUCACAGAGUGAGAAAUCUGGUUCCCAAGAAUGUCAGUAUAUUUACUCAUUUGGUCUGUUAAUAAUUUUAAAAUUACCAAUCCAGGGCUACUAUGAAUGACAAGUUUACUAAGUAGAGUUCAAUAUGGAUUUUUUUGGAAAAAAUUUGCAGUUCUUUAUGUCCUUAAAAUGUUUCACACUAAAACAUAUAGACAAAGUUCAAAUGUUACCUGAAUGAAUUCCUUUUCAUUUGUGGUUUUAAUACAAUCAUUUGUUUCUCUUUUCAUUCAAUUUUAUGCUUUGUUUUUUUCCCUUUUUAUUUACUUUUUGAGUAAUUAAAAUACUUAACACUGUUCAAAAGUGAAAAUUACAUCCAUUCAGAAAUUUUUACUUUUUUGCACCACCUUCCCAUAUUCUGUAGCUAACCAUUUCAUUAGUUUCUAGAUUAUCUUUCCUGUGUUUCUUUAUCCAAAAGCAAGCAAAUAUUUAUUUUUAUGUACUUUACUUCUUCUUUUCUUAUUUAAAAGUAGACGUUAUAAUUGUUUUAUACCUUGCUUUUUUAGCAUUAUUUUUUGAUUACUAUAUAUGUAAGUGUUUUUCUGUUUUAGUUCAUGGAGGUCUCUUUCUUUCUUUGUCCUGCUCCUCCUCUUCCUUUGUCCCCUCUGUCCCUCCUCUUCUUUCCUUUGUGUUGUAGUGUUAUAAAGGUGUACCCUAAUUCAUUCAGCUAGUCUCUUAUGGAUGGGCGUUUAGGUUGUUUAUAAGUUUCUGAUGUUUUAUAGAAUCUGUAUAGAAUUAUAUAGUGACAAACUGUGGAUGUGUAGUUUUGUGUUUGUGGAAGUGUAUCUUAAUAAAUUUAUAGCAGUGAGCUUGUACAUUCAAGAGUAAAUGUAUAUAUAGUUUUGUUAGCAGAUAAUCUGGGCAAAACACAUUAGGCAGAGGGUACAGCGGGUGUGAAAGCUCGUAGGCAGGGGCAUGCGAUGUGUUCUAGGAAUAGAAAAGAGGCCACAUGAAGACCAGGCCUCGGGAGAACAAGUGACCUGUCCACAUCCCGUACACCAGUGGCAGAGCUGAGUUAGAGUCCUGGCCUCCGUGUCUCCAGUCCGUUGCAGCACACGUAUUAGACAAGGAAUGCAUGCAUGAGAGACGAGAAUGCGUUUGACCAGGGCCAGCAGUGUCAGGGCUGUUAGGUCAGAAGAGGGAAAAGUUUCUUGGAUUCGAGUCAGAUAAGACUUGGCAGAUGAGGUGGGACAUGAAGGGUGAUGAGGAUUGGAGUAGCAGCUAGGAGAGGUCAGAGCCGUGUUUCUAGCUUUUAGAACUAUGUGUGGAUGACUGCUUGGAGGUGAAAGUAAAUGCAUGGCUUGUUUGGGAGAUGAUGCCAGGAAUGGAAUGCUUAUCUUGGCAGAAUGUGGGAGAAAUUGGAAAUAGAUAAGUUAGCAGUAAAUUGGGCCUUAUAAUGAUUCUUGGAUUCUAGGUAGAUACUCGAAGUUGAUUUAAUUACCUCAAGAAUCAUUGUAAAUUUUUGAGAUGGGAAUAAGAUGACAUGUUCCUUCAUGUCUUUUAUAGUUUGUGGUAGUUGUGUCUGUUUUUCUCUUGAAAAAUUCAUUCACUUAGUCGUUCUAAUGACUGUUUACUAGUUAUCUGUGUGCCUGGUUCUCAAUGUUAGCUGAUACUUUGGUAUGCUGUUUUCUCUUAGUUUCUUCACAUUUGUCUUAGAGAAUACUCAGUUGCCACCCAAGAUUUCUAGCAUCAAUUAAGUUUUCUAAUUGCUCACUGCUCUCCUUAGAACUUAAUUGGUUUUAAGGUAGGGAGGAAAAACCCUGCACACUUGAAAAACAAACAGGAUAGGACAUGAUCCUUGCUCCUAAGUAAGGGCUUGAGGAAUGUGACAAAGGAGUACUUAAUGUCUUUUCACUUUGGAGAAGUAAGUGGUAGUUUGUUGUAUCCCUUGUUUUCCUUAUACUGGAGUUAGGUCUAGAACUGUGCUGUCCAAUCAUGUAUCUAUAGAGGACUUGAAAUGUGAGUAAUCUGAAUUGAGCCGCGAGGUAGAAGCCUAGAAUACACUUCAGAUUUCAAAGACUUACUGUGACAAAGAGAACAUAGAAUACCUCAAUAACAAUUUUCUUUUAUGUUGAUUAUGUGCUGAAAUAAUAUUUUGAAUAAAUUGGAUUAAAUAUAUUAAUAUCAUUGAUUUUGCUUUACUUUUUAAAAAACGGCUACCAGGAAAUUUUAAAUUGCAUAUAUGACUUGCAUUUUAUUUCUGUUGGACAGCAUGGUCUGUAGAUAAUGAGGUUUAGGUUAAACAUUACUUCCUGUUGUCCCAGUCUUAGUGAUGCUAAAUUUUAUAAUUUCUUCAACCCUUCAUUUUAAAGAUACAUUUUGAUUUUGAUCACUUGCAGAACUUUCCAUUAUAAAGGUAUAUAUUUUUUAAAUCACUUUCAGAAUUUUUGUUGUAAAGAUACAUUAAAAAAAACAACAGCAACACUUUAUAAAACUUUCCAUUGUAAAGAUACAUUUUGAGUAUUUCUCCAGAGUUAAGAUCGGAUUUCUUUUACAAAUGCAAAUCUGUAGAGUGAUGAUUUGGCAUCUUGGGAAUGUCCUAUUCUCAAUUUUUUGUCUCAUGGUUUUAUUACCCCAAUCCUUUCCUGAAUAAAUUAUGUUGGAGACUGUGAAAAAUAGUGAUUUUUUAAUGCCAAAAUAUUACCAAACCAAACUUGGAUUUGCUUGUCUGCUGUGCAGCAAAGCCAAUUUACUGACACUGGGUGUGGUGAAGGGAAGUAAAGCAUUUAUUUGUGGGGUGCCAGGCAGGGUUAAUGGGCUUCCCUGGUGGCUCAGAUGCUACAGAAUGUGUCUGCAGUGCAGGAGACCCAGGUUCGACCCCUGAGUCGGGAGGAUCCCCUGGAGAAAAGAUUGGCAACCCACUCCAGUAUUCUUGCCUAGAGAAUCCCAUGGACAGAGGAGACUGGUGGGCUACAGUCCAUGGGGUCACAAAGAGUCAGAUGCGACCGAGUGAUUAACACACAAGCAGGGGUAAUGAAUGGGCAGCUUGUGCUCAAAAGACUGCAACUCUCUGAUGGCUUUUAAGUAAGAGUUUUUAAAGACAACAUUUGGGGUGAGGGUUGUAGCUACUUCACUUUCCUCUGAUUGGUUGAUGGCGAAAUAACAGGCUAAUGUUUUGGGAAUCUUAAUCAUCAGCUUCUCGUUCCAGCUAGUUUCAGGUUUCUGUGCUUAUGGUUAGCAGAUAAUCACCAUCUUCUACCAGGCUGGGGACGGUGUCGGGGGGGUGGCUUAGUUUCUGCAGAAAAACUCGAAGAUAUGCAUCAGAUUGUUAGGUAUAUCCUUUGAGGAGCUAAGACUCUGUUUUCUCACUGAACUGUUUGCUUUUCCUUUGUUUUUGCAUUCCCUCACUUCCCUAAUUAGUAAUUGCCUUAGUCUACUUAGUGGGAAGGCCUUCGAGGCUAAAGGCAUUUUCUGCAAAUAAAGAACAGGGAACAUGGAGGGAUUUCUGUACCUGAGAGGCCCCUGCAAUAUCCUGCUCAAUAUCAGUCCCCCCUUUUCUUUGAUACUCCUUAAUCCUGAGGGGAAGAGGGGCUGAACAAGAAAAAAAAGGCUUUUUCAUAGCGUGGUAAGUCAUGAACUGAGCAAGGGAACUCUGUUUUAGGGGAUUGGGUUUCAGCUAUCAUUUCUUUUCCGUAAAUAGUUGUCAUUCUUCUAUAAAGAAGAACGUUCUUUUUUCUUCUUUCUCUUUUUCAUUUAUUUUUUAGGUGAAAGAGCUGUGUGGCAUUUGGAUUGGUCACUUUAUUCGACAAAUGCUGUGUGUGCUCAAUCGCUCAGUCGUGUCCAACUCUUUGCAACCCCAUGAACUGCAGCCCGCCAGGCUCCUCUGUCCAUGGGGAUUCUCCAGGCAAGAAUAUUGGAGUUGGUUGCCAUGCCCUUCUCCAGGGAAUCUUUCCAGCCCAGCGAUCCGAGCCCAGAUCUUCCACACUGUAGGCAGAUUCUUUACCAACUGAGCCACCAGGGAAGCCCUGUACAACAGAUGUUUGAUGAGAGAAGCUGGGACAAAUGAAAUUUUAAAAUAUGGAAUUAGCUUAUGUUGCUCAUUCUUCACAGGAAUCUUAUUCUAAUGUUUCUGCAACACUAGUACUCACUUCUUAAUUUCUGUUAUUCUUAUAACCUUGAAUUUUCAUAGAUAGCACAUUUAUUCAGCAAAUUAUAGACUGCUUAUUAAUAUCGUUUCAGACAUGUGUUAAGCACUUGAAAUAGAGUGGUGAGCAACGUGGCUGUCCUUCAUGUAGGAUUCAUCCUUACAGUUAACAAGACAAUGAGAGCCACCCGGACCUAGUGAAUGAAGGUAGUCAUGAAGCUAUAUCUGAAGGAUCUGAUUGGGAGGGAUUACAUAGGCUUUUGCUAACAACCAUGUUCAUGUAAAUGCUUUGAAGUUCAGAACCCUAAACAGUCAUUCUUCAUGGUUCUGAUGAGAAGAAUGUACAGUGUAGUUGGCUCCUGGUGUCUUUCUAGUGUAACACUGAAUUGUGAUUGCAGACCUUUCCCCUCACUGUGCAAUUUUCUUGAAUUUUUCUUCUCUAGGAACAUUUUUCUAGUGUUUCUGGUGUCCAUGUCUCUGCAAGGUAUGCUUCAGAGGCUCCUAAGACUCUGAAGAUGGAGAGCAGUAGGGAGGCAAUCACCAGCCAAGCCCUGCCUUGUUCACUAGAUUCCAUUUGGGCCAUGUAGGGAAGAGGCAAUACCAUUCUCCUGCUGUAAUCAAAGAAGUCCAUGGAAGAGUAAGAGACUUCUAGAAAUUGUGAAAAUCCUUAGAGGCUUGGAACAACUUAGCAUAGCUUAAACUUUAGAAAACCAUCUUUUAUGAGGUGGUUUCAAGCAUGAUCUCUGGGCUUAAAUACUUUCUGUCUCUGGUCUCUGCCUCUGGGACUCGUGUCUUCUUGCUGAAUUGGACCAGCAGCCUUGGGGAUGAUGAUGAUGAGAGGCCCCUCCCUAUCGCUUCUCAGCUACAAGGCAUGGCUGAAAUCUGUAACCUCUGAGUCCCCUAAGGAAAGGACAAAUGAUGCUUAGCUAGAUAAAUGUUUGCUAGAGUUAUCUCUUCAAGGGAUUUUUCCACCAAAGAGAAGUUUUAUUUUUAUUUAACUUACACUAUAUCUUCAGCAGGAUCUCCUUUCAUGUUAGUAAGAUGGCCUUGCCCACAGUUAGGUGUGUACCUGUCUUUAAAGAAAUAAGAUACCUGUCAGUUACACUGCUAUGACCUCAGGUUCCAGAAUAUCAAGGCAACAUUCUUUAGGUGUUUCAUUUUGGAUUGAACCUAAGUUUAGAAUCAGUCAGCUUAUUGUUGAAGGGAAAAAGGAUAUCCCAAGUGACAAGAAAAUACCUAUUAACUAUGGAUUGGUUUGGAAAUUACUUCUCUAAGUUUCCUGAGGAUGUUUCCUUUUUCAACACACAUGCACCUCUGCUGCUUUCACUCAUAUCAUCUGAAGAUGAACAACAUUUUAUCUCCAACUUAAGGAGCCGUGCACCAGCCCAGGCUGUGGUGAGGCAGCCUGUCCGGGGAGCCAGCGGCAGGACGGCAAUCACAGCCAUUGUGCGGACUGGUGGGGACUGGAACACCGGCCUCUUCAGUGUCUGCAGAGAUAAGAGGAUCUGUUUCUGUGGUCUCUUUUGUCCCCUGUGUCUUGAGUGUGACAUCGCCAGGCAUUAUGGAGAGUGUUUUUGUUGGCCACUGUUACCUGGGUCCACCUUUGCACUGAGAAUUGGCACCAGAGAGAGACAUAAAAUACAGGGCACCCUGUGUGAGGACUGGCUGGCGGUGUACUGCUGCUGGCCUUGCUCCAUCUGCCAGGUGGCCCGGGAACUCAAGGUGAGGACCUCCCAACUCUAUGAAAUCUAUACGGCCCCUUUAACCAAAGAAACUUUUAUUUGAUAGAGCAAGAAAACUCCUCCUUCCUCACUUCCCCACACCCUCCUCUUAAAUCCCUCUUGGUGGAGAGAUUGUUCUUAAGUUUUCACUGAAGUAGUACAAAAAUAAAUGGUUUCCCACUACUGUGUUUACUGUUGUCCUUUCUUCACACAACCCCUGAUGAAGACACUUACUUGUCUGAAGUUGCUGUCCCAGCUCAGCCAUGUUAGGCAGGUUAGAGAGGUAAGCUUUGUGUCCUCCACACCCUGCCUGG